AUGGAGGAGCAAGCUGUCCUCACGCACGUGUGCUGUCACAACAGGAGCUGCCGUGGCUGCAGGUUGGAGCCAGAGAGCAAAAUGCUGGAGAAGAUUCAGAAGGUGCUCACGAUUCGUAAUGUCACCAUCAGGCAGAUGCUGGCAGAAGCGCUGGGGAUGUACAUCCUCAUGGUCUUUGGCUUGUCGUCUGUGGCACAAGUGGUAUUAGGGAGACAAAACUUUGGACAGCAUCUGAGCAUCAAUUUGGGAUUUGGCAUUGGUGUCACCUUGGGCAUCCAUGCAGCUGGAGGAAUCUCUGGAGCUCAUCUGAAUGCUGCCAUCACCAUUACACACUGCAUUUUAGGAAACCUGCCUUGGACAAAGCUCCCAGCUUAUGUGAUCGGCCAGUUCCUGGGCUCCUUUACAGCAGCCGCCACCGUCUUUGGCCUCUACUAUGAUGCUCUGCACGAAUACACCAAGGGGAACUUCACAGUGACAGGACCGACGGCCACGGCGUCGAUCUUCUCCACUUACCCCUCUCCUUACAUGUCCUUGCCAGGGAGCUUCUUCACAGAGUUUCUAGCAACAGCGAUGCUGCUCCUGGGCAUUCUGAUCAUCCACGACGAGAAAAACAACGGGGCCCUGAAAGGCACGCAGGCCCUGCUCACGGGUAUCCUUGUCCUGGGCAUCGGCCUGGGGAUGGGGAUGAACACAGGCUACGCCAUAAACCCCUCCCGGGACCUGCCCCCCAGGAUCUUCACGGCAAUCGCUGGCUGGGGAACCGAUGUCUUCACGGCUGGACAUCACUGGUGGUGGGUCCCACUCACAGCACCGACUCUGGGAAGUCUGGCUGGUGUUUUCAUCCACAAAAUCUUCAUUGAUUUUCACAAUCUACCUGUCACAGGAAGUGGGAAUGAGAAAGGACAGACAGCGGUGGAGGUUUCUACGCUGUGAUGGCCACAUGUUCCGAGGAAAGGACUUGACAUCAAAGCUAGGUGGAUGUAUGGACUGACAGCCAAAGGGUAAACAAGUGGGUAAGGGCAUGUGCAAUGAUGCUGCCAGAGCACAGCACUUCUCUACCCUGCAGGUGGAGAAAUGUGGGAUUAGUCUUCAAUAAACUCUGCUUAAGCAGAUAAAUUGGGUCUCUGACACACUGGGCAAACCUGGGUAGGGAUAGACCUGUUUGUGACCUGAAGAAAUUAUGCAGUCUCCCUGUGUAAAAGUCUACCAAAGAUAAAAUCAUCACAAUCCGGAGAAAAGCAAAACAGAGCUGCAAGACUCCAGAUAGCUAUACGUUCAUAGAAUCAUAGAAUGGUUUGGGUUGGAACGGACCUUAAAGAUCAUCUAGUUCCAGCCCCCUGCCAUGGGCAGGGACACUUUCACUAGAUCAAAAUACAGUAUAUAACAGUGGCAGAAACAGCUUAAUCAAAGAAAUUUUUAUCUGGAAUAUUCUUUGGUAAGAGGUAAAUACUGAUGGAUGAGGGACUUAAGCUUGCUUCCAUUUGAUAAACCCUAACAAACACCUGGUUUGGCAGAGCAUAAAGAGCAAGGAUAGUCUGAAAUACAAAUGUGAACCUGUUUUAUUUUUUUCGUGCUUGGUUUUGAUUUUUCCUUUUUGAUCUGAACAUUCAGGAAGCACCAAAAAAUUAGUAAACUAAACCACAAAGUUUCCUGAUUUCUGUCACUGCUCUGCUGGAACAUGUUGGUGUCAUGGAACCAUGCGUGCUACCAACAGGCUGGACUCUAACUACCACCAUAUGAAAGGAUUCAGACCCAAAUGCUCAAAUAAACAAAAACCAAAACCAAAGCCCUUUUCCCCACUCAGGAUGCAUGAGAAAUGUGGGAAGAGGCUGCCCUGUUCCUGUAGGAAUUCUGUCACCUCCAUCUAAAUGAGGAAGUGGACCUGCAAGAGCCUUUCAAGAUUGAGGUAUCAUCAGAAUAAAAGUAAAAUAGUAUCAGAAGUUUCCUGUCACCAGCGGGGUAACAAGAGUCUUAACUUUCCUAGGCAGUGCUUAAGCAAGUAUGGUAUGUAUGUCAAGCACAUGACUGCAGUCCCAGGGUGCCAUGAACACACAAUACAGGGAUCUCCAUGAGUAGGAAGUGACAGAACAUCACUGCUGCACAGAAUUCCAGAAAAUAGCAUUUACUGGCUUUAAUGAUUGUUCACAUCUCACUAUUAAUAUAGUUAUAGGUUGGACCAGAUGAUCCUUGCGGUCCUUUCCAACCUGGUAUUGUGUAAUUCUUUAAAAGGACCACUAAUGUGGCAUGGGGUGGGGUGGUAGGUACUGACAUCUCCGAUUCCUCUUUGAGCUGACCUUAUGUUAGUAAAGCAGCUACAACAGAUCUUCACCUGGCACAAGAUGCACGUCAGCUUCAGAGGGCUGAGAGCAUUAGAGGAUUUUCUCUCACUUGGGGGUGGCAGAAGGCAGCUGCCAGGCAAUGCAGAAACUGCACUUGAGGGUGAGCCCUGGACAGUGCUGGAAACCACGCAAAGCAUGCUAGAGCUGGGGCUGAUGGAUGCAGAGACUUUCACCAUGUGGAGGACAGAAGUGUGUUGAACAGCUGCCAGAGAGCUGAGUCUUUUGGUCUAUGUGAACUAAACUGGGAACUUCAGAGUAGCUCAGGAUGGGAUUAGCUAAAAGACACUUCUCAGUGUCUUUUAGGGAUGUCAGGGAUGUAAUCCAUCCCUUCUCAGUGAGAUUGUCCACUGCGUUAGAAAAACAAACAACAAACCAAACAAUCCAGCCUGUGCCCUGCUUUUACCAUUCGUGCUUGUACAUGUGCUCCCCAAAGCAUCUUUAAAUACCCAAUCACUCUGGAGGAAAAAACUAAAUUCUUUAUUAAAAUACUACUAAGCA